CUCCUUACUUAUCAGUAAUCACUUCUCAUUCUUCCUUUUCAUUUUCAGUUACUUAAACUAUUAUACUUUUUAAGGUAAUCAUGGGAGUUGUCACCGGUGAAAUUGAGGUCGCUAGUGUCCUCCCCCCAGCCAAGAUGUUCAAGGCCUCUGUCGUUGACGCUGAUCAACUCUUCCCCAAGAUUAUGUCACAAGCUAUUAAGAGUGCCGAACUCAUCGAAGGUGAUGGAGGGGCUGGAAGCAUCAGGAAAGUUAACCUUGUGGAAGACGACAGUUACAUGAAGCAAAAGGUUGAUGCACUAGACAAAGAAAACUUCGUGCACUGCUAUACCAUCUUUGAAGGUGGCAUGUUGGCUAACAAAUUCGAGAAAAUUAGUUACGAGACCAAGUGGGAGUCAUCUUCUGAUGGAGGAUCCAUCUUUAAGUCCACUGUGAAAUUCUACACCUUACCUGGUUUUGAUGUCCCCGGAGAGAAUUUGAUUAACAAGGCAAAAGAAAAGACAGCCGUCAUGGUCAAAGCUGUUGAAGCAUACCUCCAGGCCAAUUAA